AUGGAUGAGAAGCAGUUCAAAGCAAGCUUAAUGAAGUAUUUCGGAGAAACAAGAGCAAAAAUAACCAAAGAAAUAACCGAAGGUGAAAUCAAACGUAUCUAUGCUGCACGGUCAGCAACAUAUGACGAGGAACAUUCAGCGGUGCGCACUUCAUAUUUCAAGCCACAGGCCGAAUCUUUGCAUAAUGCCCUUAAAGAAGUUUACCAGGACAAACCAAUGGAUCAGAUCAAAAUCAUUGACGCCGGAGCUGGGACAGGUCUGAUUGGAGUUGAGCUCAAGAAACUCGGAUACACCAACCUAUGUGCUCUGGACAUCUCAGCUGAAAUUUUAACGGAAGCAAAGAAGAAAGAGGUCUAUACUGAGUUCAUCUGCACGUCUUUGAACGGGCAGCCGAUACCUCAGAUAAAAUCAGGGCAAUCCGAUGCUUUGAUUUGUGGUGGGGCGCUCAUUACAGAACGUAUCAGCUCCUCUGCUUUCGUGGAGAUGAUAAGAAUGGUUCGGUCUGAUGGCGUCCUCUGUUUUAACAUAAUGAAAGAGGAAUUAGAACACUAUCAAGAGAUGAUGACGGAGCUGGAGAAGGCUGGCGAAUGGAUGUGCAUGUCCAAAGAGUCUUCACCUUUCUCUGUAGCUGUGGACCUACCCAGUUAA